AAUCCUUCCCCUUAUGAAGAGCUUCAAACAAUUUACAAUAUCCUUGAAAGCGGGUGCAUAGCUAUUGAGCCCGGUCCACUUUCAGUCCUGAGUCCCUAUCAUAGAGCACCCCCACCCGGACCCUGCCUCGGCCCCGUCCUCUUCUAUCCUCCACCAAGUCAGCGAUAGACCUGCUCUUUUGCAACGCGAGGUGCGCAAUCCAUUAUGAUGUACUUCAAGAGAAUGGUGCACUACCACUGCAUCUCCUUGCUCAAGUACCGUGCAACAAAAAUCUUGCUAUUAAGUCUCUUUCUUUGGCUCCUAGUCUUCGAAUAUUGCCGCUUCCACCUCUGGCGAGAUCCCCACUCCGCAUUUUUCAACGACCGCCAUGUCUAUGAUUUUAAGUACAGCCUGUACCGUGAGCGCGAAUCCAGACACUUCAUUUCGCGAUAUAAUUCGCCCUCGGAACCCCCUGACUAUUCAAAAAGUGGACCAGACCCUCUGAUCUGCGCGGCGUUCGUGACUGUACGUAGAAAUGAGGACGAUUACUUCGACCCUUCGGUCGGAUCACUAUUAGAAGGGUUGGAUACCAUGGAGCGCCAGGCAUUGUAUAUUAAUGUUCUCUUUGCUGAUAUAGAUCCGAUAAGGUAUCUAAGUUGGGCGCAGAAAUGGUUGGAUAGACUUGUUGAUAACGCCAGGUCAUAUAAUGUUUCCCAGGAGACUUUGGACCAUCUAGGGAGAUUAGAGACGGAGAGAAACUUUUAUGAGAAAGGCGUUUUCGACUACACCUACGCUCUGACAGCAUGUAAACAGGCCAAUGCAUCCUAUACCAUCAUAUUCGAAGAUGACAUCAUUCUUGCGACAGGCUGGAUGACCAAGACUCUAAAGGCCCUUGCGGAUAUCGACCGCAUCACGCAAAAAUCGAAUUCCUGGAUCUAUCUCCGCCUCUUCUAUACCGAAACAGCACUAGGUUGGACGUCCUCCGAUUUCGCCUAUAGAAACAUGCCUCUCAUCUUCUUCCUCAAUAUACUUUCGGUAUUCUUGUGUUUAUUGCAGCUCAGACGGUGGCGCUUCGCGCCCUACCUUGACUUCCUUAGCGUGUCCGUUAUCUGUCUAAUCUGUGUACCGGCAUUUACAAGCCUGAUAUACAUGAUGGGAAAGUACACCAUUAUGCCUCUUCGGGGCGUGGUGGAGAUGAACAAGUUUGGCUGUUGUACGCAAGGCCUAGUCUUUCCAAGAGCGCAGGUGGAUGGCGUUAUAAGUUAUUUGAUGGAAAGGGGGCAUGGGCAGACAGAUUCUAUGAUUGAGGAGUAUGCGGAUCAGGAAGGGCUGACAAGGUAUGCUUUAGCACCGCCGGUACUUCAACACGUUGGACUAAAGUCUAGCCGGGAUAACCUUGACAUUAAUACAAGAAGUACCUGGGCAUUUUGGUUUGAGGAAAACGAUCCAAUGGUUCUCCAGGCGGACCAUGAAAGGCUUCUGAGUGAUAUUGAUGUUUUAGGAAUAUUGGGGGGUCAUAGCUGAAUGUGUAGACAGCGAAGCUCUAUGGUUUUACCUAUGUAAAUAUAUUCGGAAUGCACAUCUUGUGGAGAUUUGGUUUAAACAAUUA